GGACCGCCAAGCAACCAAAGAACAGCAACAUCACAUGAGAGAACAUCAGAGACAACAGAUGAUGAUGCAACAACAGCACCUAAACUCUCUUUUACAGCAACAACAGCUUACACCGGAGCAGCACCAACAGCUUGUGUUUCAAUUAAUGCAUCAGCAAACGCAUGGUGGAAGUAUGCCGCAUGGUGCAAUCAUACAACAUGGUGGUGGAGGUGCAGCUUCAGGGUCACAGUUGCAGAGUUCGCCGCCGCAACGUAACAAUAUGCCCACAUUACAUAUGAACGGCGAUCACAGUACAACACAUGGGGAUUCCAGUAAGGUAUCUCAUGGCGGAGCUAAGAAAGGAAGUGGUAGUCAUGGUGACAAGAGUUAAAAAUAGUUUUCUACUACAACCUGAAAUGAUAAGUGGGAAAACCAAUUGAUUAUUAAAAUGACAAAAUAAAUUAAUAUUCAUCAUGAACUCUUGAAAUGUACCUUGAUAUAUAACUGGUAGACUGCAUGUAAAACUUGAUAAUGGUGUCUCCAAUUUUGUAAUUACUACUAUAUUUUGUCUCUUUUGUGUGAAAUAGUGUUUGUGUAUCAGCACUUUGUAAUUUUAAUCCAAUAUCUCUAUUUUUAUUGUCUUAUAAAAAAUACUUGUAAAUAUCGUAAAUGCAUCCUUAUUCUUGAGUAUUUUUUCUGUAAAUACAAUAUUUUUUUUUCAA